AAGGUUACAGCCGGCCAGCAUGGAGGCGUGCGGACAGGUUGUGGUGUUAUUGGCGUGCGUGAUUAUAGCUCAAGGCGCUGAAGAGUCUUCGAAGAAUGGCGAGACAAAAGAUGAUUUGAAACAAGAGGCCACUAGCAGGGUGUUGCCAGGCGUGCUUGGUAUGAACGUGUACGGCGGCGGCAGAGGCGUCUACGGAGGCAGCCGAGGUGUCGCCAACGGCUACGACGGCUACGCGAGCAACUCUGUGGGCUACAAUGGCUACGGCGGCAACCCUUGGGGGUCCGCGAGCAGCCCAGCCGGCUUCGGGAGCAACGCCGUCGGAUACGGAGGAUACGGCAACAGCGCCGGAGGUUACGGCGGAAGUACCGGUGGGUACGGCGGGAGCGCAGGAGCGUACGGUGGAAGCGGCAGAGGGUACGGCGGCAACGCGGGAGGGUACAGUGGCAACGCGGGAGGGUACGGGGGAAGCGCGGGAGGAUACGGGGGAAGUGCAAGAGGGUACGGCGAAAGCGCGGGAGGGUACGGCAACAGCGCGGGAGGGUACGGCGGAAGCGCGGGAGGGUACGGUAGCAGCGCGGGAGGAUACGGCAACAGCGCGGGAGGGUACGGAAACGGCGCGGGAGGGUACGGCGGGAGCAAUCCAGGGGUGUACAGUGUCUACGGGGCAGGCGGUUAUGGCGGGAGUGGUCGUGGAUAUGGCUCCACGCCGACCGGGAACGCGGGUUUCGGCAGCAACGGCGCCGGCUCCCAAGGAGGGGGCUACGUGCCCGGCAUCUACGGGGUUGGCUACGGGAGCGGCCAGGGUGGGCCCGGCCCGAGUCCCGCAGGAGGGGACCGCAGUUACCGGGGCAGAGGCUACGGAGGGUCGGGCAGCACGGACCCAGCUGGCUGCGGCAGCGGCGGCGUCUGCGGCUGGAGCAGCGACGUCGAGAGAACCGACAGCACCGGGCGCACCGCCUACGGGACGUCAGGCACGUACGGCGGGGGCUACGGCUCUGCCAGGGACUACGGCGUCAGCAGAGGAUACGGUCUUAUCAUUGUGUGAAGUCGCAGACUUUCCUGAACACACCUAGUUUAAAGAAAAUACAUAUAUUUGCGCCUGCAAUUAGUGCAAUACCAAAAAGGAUUGUAAAGUUAUGUGUUUUUUUUUCUUCAUUGACUUUGCGAGAUUACGGAAAAACAGUAUUAUUUUGUGUGGAAGUUUAAUAACAUUAAAAUUUAACGUCCAUGCCGUAGGAAUAGUAAAUAGCACAGUGAAGUGUUUUAAAAGUUCUGAUCAAACAUGGUGAAAUCACCUACAUGAAAAUGAAUACAAUUGUAGGGUGAAUACCAGUUGAGUUACUUGAUUUCACCCGAACUGUUGUGUACAUAUUGACGAACGGAAAUAUUGCUUGACUACAGUUAGCCUCAAUUUGCUAUCACCUUUCAAGAAAAAAACAAAUACAAUAAAAUACAAUUUAUUAAAAAAAAUUGUAUCUAAUAUCAUCAAUAGAAAAUUAAAAAAUAAAUAGAUAAACUAUUAAAGGUAAGUUUUGAAUUGAUGUUACAACAGGAUUUUUUUAUUGAUUAUAUCUUACAAUAUGAUACACCGUAAUACCUCCGUGUUCCUUCCUUGUUUACUUAUGAAAGGAAGUGGGAGGUGCUAUAGCUUUAAAUAUAUAUCAUAGUAGCCACGAGAGCUUUGAAAAUCAUGUGUACUAGAUUUAGUUGUGUAUAUUUUACGCUCAGCUUGUAGAAAAGAAUUUUCGCUCCUAUUAGAUUGGAAUUAGAUUGGAAUUAGAUUAUUUGUACAUUGCGACUUGUUUAAUGUAGCUUCUAUUUGGAACGACCUGACUGUCACUUUUUUACAUAUUUUUCUGCUGAUGAACAAAUAAAUAGUGUGUUUUGCUGCACAUACAACCAAUUAAAAUAUAAAUGGUAAUCAAAAUUAAAAUCACCUAAGUUACUUAUUAAAUAAUAAAAAGUAUAGUAUGAAAGUUCCAUAUUUAAAAAUUUUACUAAUAUAACUGAAUGGUGACGUUUUUAACAAUAAAAAUAUUUUUUGUGUAUAUACAAUGCAUAAUGAACAAAAUUUUUUAUGAAAAUACAAAUAUAUCUAAGAAAUGUUUUGGUAAGUAAGUAAAAAGAGUUAAAAUGACGAUAAUACACAUUUAUUUGUUAAAAUAACUCUCACAUUGGACCUUUCUUAGAAAACCGAUGAUGUGGUAACUUUUAAUUACGAAGUCAACAAAACGCAAAAUAGCAAUAAAUUAAAUGUACAACGAAUAAAUACAAUUCAUCCAUUACAACAUUUAUAAGUUAUUAAUUUAAGUCUAUGUAUAAAACACUUUUUGAAUUUUAAAUAUAAUGUGUAUGUUUUGUGUUUUUUUAAACAUAUGUGUGUAAAACAAAUAUUUGUAUGAAUAAAAUAAUAAAACAUUGAAUUU